CAUCCAACACACGAUUUUUCAUCUAAACUUUUCGUUCAACUUCGACCCGACAAGGAUAUCGCUGUUGAUCUGCACGUUAAGGCAUUUAUCGGCUACCCAGAAAGUACACAUUUACAUGUUUUUGAAUUGACUCGAGCGUUACCACGCUUUUCGAUGUUUGCGCUUUGUAAUGAUACGGCACCUGCACCUGAAGGAAAUGCCGUUUUCACAAUUAAUGAGCGACCUCCACGGUUGGCCUCAUGGAUAAAUGAAAACUUUUUGCUAUGUGAUGAGGUCGGAUGUGAGGAGGAUUGCACGUUGAGUGUGCGAUUUUAUAGCAUGAGAUCAGCUGGAAUGCUCUUCAUUGAAAUGGAUAACUCUGGAAAGGUAACGGUAAGGAACGACGAUAUGGAAUUGGUUGGAAAUGUGAUACAAGCGAUUGCUGAAUACUUUCAUAUCACGAAUAUUACCACAAUUGCCAGCUUUCCUAAGGCUAUGAAGGCAUUUAGUGAGCUCACCGAGAAGCUUAAUGAAAUGUUCGCAUUGAGAGAUCAACUGGCGGCUGCAGUAGCUGAACGAGCAAAUUCGGUCAAGGAAAUGCUUGUUCGAGCCGAGGAUGCCCGUAUUAUAGGACAGAUACAAAUGAUGCGAAAAUACUAUGUAAAACUUCAAACCCUUAAUCAAGCAUUGGUUACCGAUCAGAUGGUACGAUGUAAUAAUCAUGAACAACUUCUGAAAACACUUCGUGAACUGAAUAAAACAAUCGAGAAAGGUGCACGACUCCGUGUUGGAGAUCCGGCCAGUAAAGUGAUCGCCGCAUGCCGUAGCGCGAUAGCAGAAGAGAAUUUCGAUAUGUUACCGAAGAUAAUCCUUUUCGGAGUUUGA